CCUAAUUCAUCCAACAAUAUUCUAUCUUCUUCAGAUUUCUUCUCUCAAAAAAUCAUUUUCUAAUCUACAUUCUAUCUCUUUCUCUCUUUUAUCUCUUUGAUUGAUCUCUCUCAAAUUAUCUCUUUUUCUACGUGAAGUGUGAUAGCAGCAUGGGUCAGGCCGAGACCCUAAUGUGGGGGUUCUUAUCCUGCAUUUGCGUGUUAUGGGUCUCGGCAGCCACAUCCAAUGCAGCAGAGACAAUAAGUUUGGGUGUGAAUUGGGGAGGAAUGUCAUCGCAUCAUAUGUUGCCAUCAACGGUUGUUGAAAUGAUAAAAGCUAAUGGAAUUAAGAAAGUCAAAUUGUUUGAAUCAGAUAACUGGACUGUCAAGGCAUUUGCUGGGACUGAUAUUGAAGUUAUGGUUGCAAUUCCUAAUGACAAGUUAGCACAUUUUGGCAAAUAUGAUCAUGCUAAAGAUUGGGUCCAACAAAACAUUUCUCAACAUAUCAAGGAUGGCGGUGUCAACAUCAAGUAUGUUGCUGUUGGAAAUGAACCAUUCCUAUCGGCGUAUAACGGUUCUAACUUGAAAACAACAUUCCCAGCAUUACAGAACAUCCAGAGAGCUCUUAACGAGCACGGUUAUGGUGACAAGAUCAAAGCUAGUAUCCCUCAGAAUGCAGAUGUCUACGAAUCUGCAAACGAUACACCCUCGGAAGGUCAGUUCCGGAGUGACAUUAAGGAUCUUAUGCACCAAAUCGUUAAAUUCCUCCACGACAAUAACGCACCGUUCAUCGUUAACAUCUACCCAUUUCUUAGUCUCUACCAAAACCCAAACUUCCCUUUUGAAUUAGCAUUUUUUGAUGGCGGAGGGAAAUCAAUCAACGAUAAAGGCGUGCAGUACACUAACGUUUUCGAUGCCAAUUAUGACACUCUAGUUUGGGCAUUAACCAAAGCUGGUGUUCCCAAUUUGAAGAUAGUUGUAGGUGAAAUUGGUUGGCCAACGGAUGGAAAUAAAUUUGCAACUGUCGGCCUUGCUAAGAAGUUCUAUAGUGGAUUACUAAAAAAGAUGGCAAGCAGUAAAAAAGGAACUCCGUUAAGGCCAGGUCAUUUGGAUGUUUAUCUCUUCAGUUUAUUCGAUGAAGAUCAAAAAAGUAUUGCGCCUGGACCCUUCGAACGACACUGGGGGAUUUUUAGAUACGAUGGAAAACCAAAGUUUGCAAUGGAUCUCACAGGGCAAGGACAAGAAAAGUACUUGAUAGCAGCUCAAGGAGUUCAGUAUUUGACUAAACAAUGGUGUGUUUUUAACAAAGAACAAAACAAGACAGAUACUGUGCCGGACGACUUGAGUUAUGCAUGCUCAUUAGGAGAUUGCACGGCAUUAGGCUACGGAUCAUCUUGCAACCACUUGGAUUAUUACGGGAAUAUAUCUUACGCCUAUAAUAUGUAUUUCCAAAUACAAGAUCAGGAUGUUCAAGCAUGUGAUUUCCAUGGGACAGGGAUGCUUACAACCGUAAAUGCUUCUACAGGAAGCUGUCUAUUCCCAGUGCAGAUAGAGAACGCCGGAAAACGGGUUCAGUUGAUGAGUUUAACGAGUAUGGUGUUGUUAUCAUUCUUCGUCGGUUUGGCGCUGUAUUAGGCUGAAAAUUUUGAUAAGAUUAAUUCUAAAUUUGUUUUUCUUUGAUCAACAUUAUUAAUAUUUUUAUGCUCUUUGUACAUUAAACAAAUAAAAAAACAACUGCCCCUCCUUCUGGUAGGUCUUUGGUCAUCAGAAGUCCUGGGAUCAAAUGGUACAAGUUGUGCUUUUCACA